AUGCAAUUAUCAUCAAUAUUAGCUACAACCAUUGCUUUACUUUCAACCACUCAAGCUGGGUAUGUUGACUACACUACUAAAUGUUGUGAAGAAGAUUCAGGAAUUACAACUUUCGCUGAUGAAUUUGCUUUAGGCGUAAAACUUUGUGAUUCUGAUGAUAUUUAUGUUGUUUUCGAAAUUGAAGAUGGUCAAUUAGAAGUUUCAUGUGAUACCUAUGACUGUUCAAGCUGUUAUACUGAACCACCAUGCUACACCACUACUCCAUGUGCAGAACCAACUCCAAUUGUUGAAAAACCAAAAGAUAAAUAUAAAAAACCAAAAGGAAUUGAUUAUAAACCAAAAGAUAAAUAUGGAAAAAAACAUAAUAAAAGAGGUGAUUCAUACAAAUAUAAAUACAAAUAUAAUGAUGCUAUUUCAGAAAAAGAUUUAUGUUACCCACACUGUACUGUUUUUGAUGAAUGUUAUGAUUAUUUUACAUUAUGUGAUUCAAAAUUAUAUGAUUACAGACAUUUCCUCGGUGAAAUAGUCGCUAAUCAUCAAUUCCAAUUUGAUGAACAUCCACAACCUGAUGCUUUAUACAACAAAGGAUGGAGUAUUGUAUACAAAGAUGGUUAUUAUGAAUUAGCAUUAAAUGGAUGUACUGAUUUCUGGGAAUGUCCAGUUAAUGAUUAUGGAUUAUACAAACUUUAUGAUAAAUCCAUUGAUAUCAAAUGUAAACCAGUUGAAAUCAUUAUCAUCUUUAAAAAAUGUGAUUAG